UCACUUGAUAACUGCCAAAUAUGUUUCAUUGUCUUUCCUUUUUUGCCUUGAGCCUCGCCUUGAGCCUCGUGAACUUUUGAAAGUCUGUAAAAAGCUCAGCAGAAAGGAAGGACUGGAAAGACAGCCGUGCUGCAAUUCGAAUCAAGAGUGGAACGUGCUUGCGAGAGCCAAUCAGUUUUCUGAAACGCUGUGCCUCAUAUUUAAAGUACAGUAACUUCAGCGGACACGUUUUACAGCAAUUGGGCGACUGCGGAUACUAUUGGCGUACUGCACCUGAGGAAAUGAAUUAUAUGAACGGAGAGAUUACUCUCAGGGCUGUUUUAGUAUUUACGUUUUUUACGAAUGGCUUACUUUGGACUUACAGAGAGGAACAAGAUGAUGCGGACAGAGAAAUCUGCUCAGAAAAUAAAAUAGUCACAACUAAAUAUCCUUGCAUUAAGCCUACGGGGGAAUUGACUACAUGUUACAGGAAGAAAUGCUGUGAAGGCUUUAAAUUUGUUCUGGGACAGUGUAUUCCAGAAGAUUAUGACGUGUGUGCGGGGGCUCCGUGCGAACAGCAGUGCACGGACCACUUUGGGCGCGUGGUGUGCACGUGCUACUCCGGGUACCGCUACGACAGGGAGCGCCACAGAAACCGGGAGAAGCCAUACUGCCUCGACAUUGAUGAAUGCGGCAGCAAAAAUGAGAGCACGUGCUCCCAAAUCUGCAUUAACCUUCCCGGGAGCUACAGGUGUGAAUGUGAGAAAGGAUUCUUCCUGGAGGAAGAUGGGAAAACCUGCACGAAAGGGGAAAGAGAGAACCACUUCCAGAAGUCAGACAAUGUAAUGAAGACGGGAACGUGCUCUGCUACCUGUGAGGACUUUCAUCAGAUUAAGACUACUGUGCUUCAACUCAAACAAAAGAUUGCCUUGUUGCCAAUCAGUGCUGAAAUAAAUAAGCAGAUGACCAGCGAUAAAAUGUUGACAUCACACUCAUAUCUGCCUGGGCCCCCUGGACAAUCUGGCCCACCAGGAAUGCCAGGACCAAAAGGCUCCCCUGGACAUGCAGGACUGAUGGGACCCCCUGGACUUCCAGGCCCCCGGGGACUGAUGGGGCCCAUGGGGCCCUCGCCUGAUUUGUCCCACAUCAAACAAGGCCGACGUGGCCCAGUGGGUCCUCCUGGUGCUCCAGGAAAAGAUGGCAUGAAGGGGGAGAGAGGGGUUCCUGGACUCACCGGACCUCCGGGCCCACCCGGAUCGUUUGACUUCCUGCUGCUGCUGAUGGCUGACAUUCGCAACGACAUCGCCGAGCUGCAGAAUAAAGUGUUCGGCCCGCGGACCCAGUCCUCGGGGGAGGAGUUCCCCGUGGCCCCGGAUAACUGGAGGGAGAAUCAGGACACCGUGGACAUGGGGUCUGGCGAGGACUACAAACAGCGGGGGGCAGCGAAGAGCAACAGGAAGAGGAAACCAACACGGACCUUAAACGAUCCUGACUGGACGAUCUGAGAGGCCUUUCAGCAGCGGGGAGUACAGAAGGCGGAGCGCGGCGUGAUGUUUAGCUCAGGUGUGGACGCAAGCUGGCCUAAAUGUAUUUCUUAACCUACAGCACCGCCGUUCAGCACCAAAGCAAAACAACAAGCAGUGUCUGGCCUACUGAAUACGCCUUAGAAUCCGCAGAAGGCAAACCAUUCGAAACACGAGUACAUGUGCAGGUGUAAAGGUCAGAAUAUUUGAUUUUAUUUUAUUGAACUGCAUAUACACAGAAAGUGCAAUUGUAUUUCUUAUCAUGAAAUCUUUAUUUUUAUAAUAUAGAUAUAGGUAUAUAUUUAUAUUUUUUCAUAUUUCUGAAGUGUCUUGUGAACUGAUUAAACAUGGAUGCUGGCAUUAUAA